CCACGCGGGAGGCGGCAGCAACCGAAACUCUAAACUGCCUCCGGUCCCUACCAGCAGGCGGGGGUUUCUUCCCUCCUUGGCUCGGCCGAGAAACUCAUAUUUUAUUCAUGAAAAUCUGAGGCCCUGGGAGGCCUCGGCCUAAACAGGAUGGUUCCUCCAUCCGCCUUGCUGAGACUUAGCACUGGCUUCCUGGCGCUUGCGAGGCGCGUGGCCAGCUCCCCAGCCUCACCUGCCCUUCCUGCACCUGGACACCCUUUGUCUCGGCUGCGCGGAGUUCCCGCCAUCCCCAGGCUGUACAGGGUUGAAAAAUACAGGCCAGUAAAGUUGAAUGAAAUUGUCGGGAAUGAAGACACAGUGAGCAGGCUAGAGGUCUUUGCAAAGGAAGGGAACGUGCCCAAUAUUAUCAUCGCUGGCCCCCCGGGGACCGGCAAAACUACCAGCAUCCUGUGUUUGGCCCGUGCCCUGUUGGGCCCAGCGCUCAAGGAUGCUGUUUUGGAGCUCAAUGCCUCAAAUGACAGGGGCAUCGAUGUUGUGAGGAACAAAAUCAAGAUGUUUGCCCAGCAGAAAGUCACCCUUCCCAAAGGGCGGCACAAGAUCAUCAUCCUGGAUGAGGCAGACAGCAUGACUGAUGGAGCCCAGCAAGCCUUGAGGAGAACCAUGGAAAUCUACUCCAAAACGACUCGCUUUGCUCUUGCUUGUAAUGCUUCGGAUAAAAUCAUAGAGCCCAUUCAGUCCCGCUGCGCAGUCCUCCGCUACACGAAAUUGAGUGACGCCCAGGUUCUCGCCCGGCUGCUGACUGUCCUGGAGCAGGAAAAGGUGCCCUACACCGAUGAUGGCCUGGAGGCUGUCAUCUUCACGGCGCAGGGAGACAUGCGGCAGGCACUCAACAACGUGCAGUCGACUUUCUCAGGAUUCGGCUUUAUUAACAGCGAGAACGUGUUCAAGGUCUGUGAUGAGCCCCACCCCCUUCUGGUAAAAGAAAUGAUCCAGCACUGCGUGAAUGCCAACAUUGAUGAGGCCUACAAGAUUCUUGCUCACCUGUGGCAUCUGGGCUAUUCGCCAGAAGACAUCAUUGGCAACAUUUUUCGAGUGUGUAAGACCUUCCAAAUGGCAGAGUACUUGAAACUGGAGUUUAUCAAGGAAAUUGGAUACACUCAUAUGAAAAUAGCAGAAGGUGUGAACUCCCUCCUGCAGAUGGCAGGGCUCCUGGCCAGGCUGUGUCAGAAGACAAUGGCCCCGGUGGCCAGUUAGGGCGGAGAACUGGUUGAUCGGAGUGAUGAGAGUCCUGAGAGUCCUCAUCCGGGAGAGAUAGGAGUCCGCGCCUUCUGAUUUGGCACCUUCCUUUUACACGAUCGUGGCCAUCACACUGCUUCCAUGAGUGCCUGCAGUCAAUCUCAGACUCACGGGUGUGAUGACAGGGUGGAGAGGCCCUAGAGAACCUCCAGGGCUUGGCACCCAAUCUGGGCAUGUGUGGCAUCUUAGCUAAUAAAAGAGCUGGACAGUUUUGUUGGCACUAAA